ACCUUUAAAAGAAGCCUGCCCAAUGAGAGACGGAGAUUAUGUGGCCCUUGUGCAGGGCCGUCUUAAGCAUAUCAAGCGCUGUGGUGCAAAGAUCCCUCCCCCCCCCGUUUCCCAGAGUUGUCGCCCUUUUCCCAAUCCUCUGCAGGGAUCGCUCUCCUCCCGAGGAGGCUUGGGAAGGAAGCUGCACGUCCACCAGCCCUAUGGUUGAGGGGGCACAGCUGGCGGGCGUGCAGGGAAAGGGGAGGCAAAGCCACGCAGCUCCCCCACUCGCUGGGGCGCCCCUGAGAGGCCAGCGCCCUGGCGCAACACGCCACUAAGACCAAUGGGAAAGACGGCUCUGCACUUGUGAAAAGUCCCAGUUCCAGAGAUGGGAGUCGGGCAGGCCAAUCCUUCAAGUAAACUGAUCCCAAGCUAGUGAGGGCUUUGUAUACUAAUAGUCGCCCCUCUAAUGUGGCUGAGUAACAAACCAGAAGUGCAGAUUGAAAUGCUCUUUGAUGGUGUUGAAGGAUGUAGAGAAACAAGCCUCUCCCUCUUCCUGUUACUGGAGGAAUCUCUGUGAAAACGAGACCUGUCAUUGGGUAUGUUUUUGCUAGAAUGAACUUAGUUGAACAUUGAGGAAAGGAGCUUCCUCUGCCUCCGAAACCUCAAAUCCGCCUGUUUCCUGUUUCUGUGAGAAAAAACACAUAAAGCUGCAAGUAAGUUUCAAAUGGAAGCAAGCGUGCAGAUAGAGAUAUCCGCUCUGCCUGCACCUAACUUGCUUCACUGCAAAAACGAACGGGCGUGGACAAUGAAGUCCCCUCUCCACAGAGUCCUGGUGUUGCAUCUGAUGGGAAUCUUCACAGGAGACAAUCAGGUCUCCCAUAGCUCCAGCCCAAGACAAGACCGUUUUUUAGGCAACGAGUUAAAGCUUGACAUGGCCCUGAAUUCCUUCGAUGACCAAUACGAGGGCUGUGAACAGAUGAUGGAGAAGAAGAUUGCACAGCUAAACCAAACCGAGCUCCUCAAAAACAAAAUUUAUGCCAACGCCUGGAAAUUAGCAGCCAACUUGAGGGAUGAUAGUAAAUGGCCCAGAAACCUCAAGCCAGAGUACGCUGCAGCAAUCAUGGCUUAUACCUUUGAAGACCCCAAGUUGUAUCCUGAUUUCAACGCAGCUGUAAGAGAAGCUGGGAAAUCCAAGGAACAUUACCGGAAUAAUUUCAACUUCAAGACCUUCCACUUUCUCCUGACCAGAGCCCUUCAGGCUCUGAGGAUCUCCAACACCCCCAGCCCCCCCUGCUACAAGGUGUUUCGAGGGGUCAGAAAUAUCAACUUCAGCGCUACUGUUGAUGAUACAGUCCGUUUCGGGCAAUUCGCAUCCUCAUCACGGCAAGAGGGGAUUGCCCAAUGUUUCACUAAAGUUGGACAGCCUGUGGCCAAAACCAUCUUUGAGAUUUACACUUGUCAUGGGGUUCUCAUCAGAGAAUUUUCUGACAUGCCCAUUGAGGACGAGGUUCUGAUCCCACCUUAUGAGCAGUUCAGGGUUGUAAGUUCCAGAAAGGAUGAGAAUGGUACAACCCGCAUACAGCUCCGCUCUGCUGGGAAAUUCAGCAAAUACAACUGUGCAAGUGGUGGGAACUAUGAGGACGAUGCUGUGGACCAGGGGUCACCCAACGUUUUGGACCAGUGGGAACACUUUGAAUUCUGAGAAGGUGCUGUGGGUGCUGGUCACCAGAGGCACCAGCUUGUGAAAACGACUGGAGGGGCCAACGUCGU